AUUCCGAAGCGCACAGCUCGUAUAUAAGCAUGUAAAAUGUCUCAUUGGACCUUCUUCCCCUGCACAACGCAAACGCCCCCUCACGCAUCCUAAUGGCUUCCUUGACCUCAAGCAUCUUUGCCGACCUCCCCAUCGAGCUCAUACUCGACGUAUUUACCCAUGCCGUCGAAGCUGAUCGCGCUUCCGCACUCAACCUAUGCCGCGUGUCUUCCUGGGUGCGCGCACACGUCGAGCCCACCCUCUACACCUCCGUCGCUCUCCCGACGCCUUCCAAACUCGUCGCAUUUCGUGCAGCUCUCGCAGCUCCUAGAGACCACGACGCGUCUCCCGCGCGCCACGUGCGCUCCCUGAGCAUCACCGCUCCCGGGCCUAUCGACGCCAUCCAGGACGUCCUCUCGCGCUGCACAGCCGUGCGCCGCCUCCUCUGCGGCUUCUCCGCCGCAUCGUACGUGCACUCCGCACGGCAAGCGCUCAAGCGCGAAUACGAGCCCCUCCCAAACGCGGCAGAUAUGGAAGACGCGGAUGGCCCCGCCGUAGUGCACCUCGCAAGUGCACCGCGCGAACAGCAUCUCCUCGGCCUCGCGAGCCGGGACGGGCCCGAGCCCUCGCUCGUCUCGCCCGCGGUGACGCACCUCAAGAUCCAGAUCACACUCUGCACGUCACGCGAGAGCAUCGCGCGGCUCACGACGCUUCCCGCUCUCACGCACCUCUGCGUACACUACAAGCCCCACCCCGCCCUCGUUCGCUCGCGCGUCGCCGAGAUGCUCCGGCCGCUCGUGGAGACAGAUAAGCUGCAGCUUCUACUAGUUCAGAUUGUUGGGAUGGGCGAUUUGGCGCACCGCCAGGAGAUCAAUGCGUGGAAUGACGGUGAAUCGCAUAUCGUCGCUGAGCGAGCGCCGCGUUUCCCUUUCCGCCAGUGGGACGAAGCUUCUAUGUGGAAGGGUGCAGAACGACUUGUUCGCGAGAGGCGGCAGCGAAGUCGCAAUUGAUGAAUGAUAAACCACGUACUGCAUACCCCUCGCAUUUGAUACCUGUAAACAAUAUCUGUACGUGAUACCCCUCGGUAAUUGUAGCAUACUCGUCAUAAUUCAAUGCAUAUCAACGUUAAACGUCCA